AUGACAGCUUCAUCAAUACAAAAUGCUCUUCAAAAUGUUAUGAACGAAAAAAAAUAUCUCUUGGUCGAUUUUGACAUGAAUAAAGAAUACAAUACUGUUCGGACAACGUCCAGUUCCGAACCAUCAGGUAAUCGAGCUAAAAGAAUAAAUCCAGAUCACGAUCAACCCUUUCUUCCUAUUAAUCCAUUUGCUGAACCUAUAACAACAAUGUCAUCUACAAAUCUAAAUCAUCAUGGUGGAGAUGAUAAUAUGAUUGAUAUUGAUUUUCAAAAUACAACUAAUGAUAGAACAACUAGUAGCGUAAUGAAUGUUGAUUUAGUUAAUACACAUUAUGAUGAUUUUCAAACAAUUGAUUGGCUCAAAGAUUUAAUGCGUGAUCGUUUUCGUCAUCGUUUAUUACGAACAAAAUCUUAUCAAUCAUUUUUUAAUAAACUUUUAAUGUAUCAUGAUGCAUGGUCUGGUUGGUUAUGUGUUUUACUUGUUGGUUUAAGUGCUGGUGUUAUUGCUGCUGUUAUUGAUAUUGGUACAAAUUGGAUAUCGCAUUUAAAACAUGGAAUAUGUCUCAAUGCAUUUUGGCUUAAUAGAGAACAAUGUUUAUUUAAAAAAUUCACUGAUAUUUUAACAUCAACCUCAUGUGAUAAAAAUAUUAUUCGUUUAGGUUGGGCAUCAAGAGAACUUCAAUAUGAUAAUGUAAAUUCAGAAGAAUGUCCUGAAUGGUUUACUUGGCCUCAAGUAUUUGGUACAUACAAAAAAGGAGCCGGAGAAUUUUUAUUAUCUUAUAUAAUGUACAUAUUUUGGUCGACAAUAUUCGCGACAUUUGCUGUUCUUCUAGUCAAAGUAUUUGCACCAUACGCAUGUGGUAGUGGUAUUCCAGAAAUUAAGACAAUCUUAGGAGGUUUUAUUAUUCGAGGAUAUUUGGGUAAAUGGACUUUAUUGAUAAAAAGUAUUGGAAUGAUGUGUGCUACAAGUGCCGGUCUUAUAUUGGGUAAAGAAGGACCAUUUGUUCAUAUAGCUUGUUGUUGCGGCAAUAUAUUCUCAUAUCUUUUUCCAAAAUAUGGUCGAAAUGAAGCAAAAAAACGAGAAAUUUUAUCUGCAGCAGCUGCUGCUGGUGUUUCAGUUGCAUUCGGUGCACCGAUUGGUGGUGUUUUAUUCAGUUUAGAAGAAGUAUCAUAUUAUUUUCCAUAUAAAACAUUAUGGCGAUCAUUUUUUUGUGCUAUGGUUGGUGCACUUGUUGUUCGUUCAAUAAAUCCAUAUGGUAAUGGACAUGAUAUUCAAUUUAGUAUCGAUUAUUCUGUACCAUGGGCAUCAUUUGAAUUAUUACCAUUUAUUUUAUUAGGCAUUCUUGGAGGCUUAUGGGGUGCAUUUUUUAUAAAAACAAAUGUUUGGUGGUGUCGUUUUCGAAAAAAUUCACGACUUGGACAAUAUACAAUAUUGGAAGUUGUUUGUCUUGCAUUAACUACUGCUAUUAUAAUAUAUCCAAAUCCAUAUACACGUAUGUCAAUGUCAGAAUUAAUCAAGCGUUUAGUUAGUCAAUGUCGUGUAGAAGAUAUGAUUGAUCUAUGUGAUUAUCCAAAUGCUCAAUUUUAUAAUGGUAAAUCAAAAGGAUCAAUAGGAUUAGCUGGUCCUGGUGUACAUCAAGCUAUAUGGAAAUUAUUUUUUGCUCUUAUCGUUCAAGUUGUACUUGUAACGUUUACUAUAGGUGUUAAAGUUCCAUCAGGUUUAAUCAUUCCAUCAAUGUCAAUUGGAGCUAUAACAGGACGUAUUAUUGGCAUUAUAACAGAACAAUUAGCUAUACAAAAUCCAACAUUUAUUCUUUUCCGUCAUGAUUGUAGUAAGGAGGAAAAUUGUGUUACACCAGCUUUAUAUGCUAUUGUUGGUGCAUGUGCCUUUUUGGGUGGUGUUAGUAAAAUGACCGUAUCACUUGUUGUUAUUAUGUUUGAAUUAACAGGUGGCUUAAAUUAUAUUGUACCAUUAAUGGCAGCAGCAAUGACAGCUAAAUGGAUUGGUGAUGGUUUUGUACGUGGUGGAAUUUAUGAUGCACAUAUUGAAUUAAAUGGUUAUCCAUUUUUGGAUAAUAAAGAAGAAUUUAAUUUUACAACAAUCGCUGCAGAUGUUAUGCGUCCAAGACCAGAGCAAUCUUUAUCAUUAGCUUAUUUAACACAAACUGGUAUGACAUUUAUAGAAGUCGAAAAUUUAUUAAAAGAAACAACACAUUCAUUAUAUCCUGUUGUUGUUUCACGUGAACAACCGUAUCUUGUUGGACAAAUACAAAGACGUGACCUACAAAUUGCCCUCAAAUCACAAAAAAUGCAACGUUUUCGUCUUUCGCAAAGUCUUAUUCAAUUUACAUCAGCAUCAGAAGCAACAGUAAAUUCAGAUUAUGAAGUUGAUAAUCAAAAUGAACAACGAUCACCAUUGAAUUUAGAAGUUAUUCGAAUUGGCAAUUUAUUGGAUCAGGCUCCAAUUAUUGUUACUGAUCAAACUCCAAUGGAAACAGUCAUUGAUCUAUUUCGUAAAUUAGGUCUUCGACAAUCCUUUGUGACACGCAAUGGACGAUUACGAGGAAUAAUAACUAAAAAAGAUAUUCUUCGACAUAUUCAACAAUUAACUUCGCGUAAUGUUGAAACAACGUAUUAUGACAACUGA